CUUAAAUGUAGUUAGAUAAAUUUUAAGUCGAUUAUCAAGAAUAUCAUCUAGCCGAUGACAGUAUAUAUACCUUGGCUAUUAAUCAAAACUUAUAAUUGCUUGCUUUUGGUGGGAAAACAGAAAAGAUUAUUGUUUUAGAUCUAUCUAAUGAUUAAAUCUAUUAAACCUUGGAAAAAACCCAUAAUUUACCAGUGCUUUGUUUGAUUUUUUGUUAGAAUAAUAGGCUUUUCUAGUUUGGAUUCGAUCAUUUUUUCGUCAUCUAUUCUUAUUCGAAUAAGAAGUUUGUGGAACCAGAAAUAAUACAAACUCCAAAUGUCAUGCAUAGAUUUGCCAUUUUAACAAAUAAUGAUAAUUAAAUUAUUUCAGUUGGUGAUAACAAUGUGAUAAGCAUUUAUAAUAUUUCUAAUAAAUAAGUAUAAUCACUAAUUCUUCCGAUACAUUAUAAAAUAACAUGCAUUACAACAAAUUAUCAAUAAAAAAUAGCUAUUGCUUCAGGAAUGUAAUCACUUUGUUUUAUAAACAUAUAAUAAUAAAGAAUUAUUUUUAGUGAAAAUAUUUAUUCUUCGUUUUAUGUAAAAAUGUCAAAUAAUAAUUAAUUUUUUGCUUAAGGUCAUGGAAAAAAUAUAAAUAUUAAAUCGACAAUAAACAAAAAAUUGAUUAGAAAAUAGAUUGGAAAUUAUAAUUUUUGCCCUUUGAUUAUGAAAUUUACUAAAAGUGAUUAAUUUCUCAUAGCAGGGAAUUUGAAUUUUUCAAUUUCAAUAUUUAAUGUUUGUUUAGGUGAUUGCGAUUAUUAUGAAAAUCAUGAAUCUUAUAUCUUUAGUAUAGAAUUUUAAGAUCAAUAAGAGAAUGUGUUUUAUACUGGGUGUAAAGAUUAUAGAAUUGGAAAAUGGGUUAAAAAGUCUUUUUGA